GUUGAUUCAUUCUGCAGACGAUCUUUGGGCAAUCCGUGCUCGACUGCUUUGUUCUGGUUUCCGCCUUCUUUGCCCGACUGCUUCUGUCUGAGUGCUUUCAUCCAACAUGGCGGCAACUCAAGCUACGAAUCCUUCACAGUUGCUCCCGUUGGAGCUUGUGGACAAGUGCAUCGGUUCUCGCAUCCACAUCGUCAUGAAGACGGACAAAGAAAUCGUCGGCACUCUGCUGGGCUUCGAUGACUUUGUCAACAUGGUCCUGGAGGAUGUGACUGAGUUUGAAAUAACACCAGAGGGUCGUAGGAUAACCAAGCUGGACCAGAUCCUGCUCAAUGGCAACAACAUCACCAUGCUCAUCCCAGGUGGAGAAGGCCCGGAAGUCUGAGACUUUUCUGUGUCUGUUUACGACGAGACUUUUGGAGGAGUUCUGUUUUAUUUUUAAGUUUGUUGUUGAUUCUUCCUGCUCUUUAAGCGGAAGGCAUUUUUUGUAAGAAAUGUUUGUUUUGGAAAUAAAAAAUAAAAAACCAA